CUUGUUCUUCUUUUCCCCUUUUUGUCAUUUUGAAAAUGAAUUUCAACAUCUUUAAAACAAAACAAAAGACACCUCAUGAUCUUGUUAAACAUGUGAAAGAUGCGAUUCAAAAGCUGGAGGGCCCUGACAAACGCAAAGCCACAGAGGAAAUCUCCAAAUAUUUAGUUUUGAUGAAGAAUAUCCUUUACGGUGAAGAUGACCAUGAUCCUAGUGCGGAUCUUGUCGCUCAACUGGCCCAAGAAGUAUAUAGAACAGACUUGUUACAAUCAUUGGUCUUAAACAUUCAGAAGUUCGAGUUUGAAGCAAAAAAAGAUGUAGCACAAAUCUUUAACAACUUGUUGAGAAGACAGAUAGGCUCUCGAUGGCCAACAGUGGAGCAUUUAUGUGCACGCGAGGAUAUUCUUUUCAACUUGUUAAAUGGUUAUGAACAACCGGAAGUUGCUUUGAAUUGUGGAUUGAUAUUGCGUGAAUGUAUUCGUCACGAGGCUUUAGCAAAGAUUCUAUUAUAUUCAACAAAAUUCUAUCAAUUCUUUGACUACGUUGAAAUGAGCACCUUCGAUAUCGCUUCAGAUGCCUUUGCUUCAUUCAAAGAAAUCUUGACAAAACACAAGCCCAUGGUGGCCGAUUUCUUGGAGUUAAAUUACGACGAAUUUUUUGAUCAUUACAAGCGAUUGUUACAAUCUGAGAAUUACGUUACUAAGAGACAGUCUUUAAAGCUGUUGGGUGAAAUUUUGCUGGACAGAUCCAAUUUUACAGUAAUGACUCGUUAUAUUAGCAGUGCUGAUAAUCUCAAGUUAAUGAUGAAUUUACUUCGAGAUAAAAGCAGGAAUAUUCAAUUCGAAGCAUUCCAUGUGUUUAAGGUCUUUGUCGCCAAUCCUCACAAGACGAGACCUAUUGUUGACAUAUUAGUAAAAAAUCAAGAUAAACUUAUUCAUUUCCUCGGUAACUUUCAUAACGACAGACAAGACGACGAGCAAUUUAAUGACGAAAAAGCCUUUCUUAUCAAGCAAAUUCAAGAAUUACAACCUCUUCAGGAUUAA